AUGAAGGUCAUAAUCUCAGCAAUACUUAGCAACUUUGCUGAAAUAGGUAGAGUUGAAGGGAUCCUCUAGGGCCAGCUCUAAGCAAUAGACUACAUACCAUGAAAAUGAGAACCAAGGAAACUCUCUUUUAAAAAUGAUCCCCUGCUAGCACUUUAGAUAAGCUUUGGGAGCUUGUUCAUUCUAUAACGCACCACUUAGAACAUGUCAGAAAACAUAAAGGAAGACAUCUGGGUACUCAUAUUUCAGUUAUUCAAUGUAAAUUGAAUAAUUAAUAACAUGCUUAGUUUUACUAAAGGUAUUAUUAUUAAUAAGUGAAAUUUAAAAAAAACAAUUAACUUUUAAAAGACCUUGUAAAUGUUCUUUGCAGAUUACAGGUUUCUUCUCUGUCCUCUCAACACUAUACAUUUCUUUGUGUGGCUGUGGAGAAUACUGACAUGAAGACCAACAAAUGAAUUACUCAGAUUGGAUUUUUGUCCUGUUAGAGUAACUUUUGGCGUAAUCGUGAAUACCCACAGCUUACUCAAGGGAAAGGUUUACAAGAAUCUAAUUGCUCCCGUUGCCACUUAUGAAGAAAGGAAAAUUGAAUUGAACUGGUCUUUGUGCAGGCAUUUGUUUGUUUGCAGUGUUCCUCUAAGUCCAUCAAUUUUUGUCUCUUGAGCGACUGAGAUGGACUUAAUUGAUUUUUGGCUUAUAGGCGAGGUAACAAAUAGCGAUUUUAGCAUAUGCCUCCUAAAGCCUCUUAACACAAAAUAAAGAAAAACAAUUUUUGGUUGUGAAAUCAAGUGACCUGUUUCUAGCUAGGAUAACUUUUCGUUAUUCACUGACAAGCCUUCCAUUUUGUUUUGUUGUGACUUUAUAAGACAACAAGUCAAGUAACACUCUGGAAGGUGUGAUUUUUUCCUUAAGUGUUUGGUUGUACUGCAACUAAACCCUUUGAUUCUUAAAAUCUUGAGCAAUCUUCUUUUGGUUUAAAGUAUUCUGCCUUAACAUUUGUGACACAAGUUGCAAACUUUAAAAUAUAAUAAAGUACUAGUUUUCAGGAAUGGUUUUUGGUUAGAAAUGAUGGCCCUAAAAGAGCAGUUUAGGAAAGGAGUCUUUCCAGAUUUUAAUAACCAGAAGCUCUACCCUUGUGUUAGACCACAGAUGGGAACGCCUUUUUUAAGGUGGCCGAUAUAGUGCCUACUCUUGUCAGGUGUCACAGUGUCUCAGAAAACUUGGAUUCUGGCAACGAUUUCUGUGAUGGGAAGUUUGACAACCAUUCUCAGGAAAUGCUUUUGCUCAUGCCAGAGUUUAUCGAUUGGAUUUAUGUCUGGACUUUCUGCUGUAUGUGGCCAGUAGUUUAUGCUGUUAUCUUGUAUGAACUUCAUUCUCAACUUAACUACCAAAAAUCUGUUUGUACCAUUUCUAACUAAUUUUUCUUGAAUGUUUUUGUUUGAGGUUAGUGUUUUGUUGUGAGUGACAUAAUAUUUUAGGUAAACUUAAUAACUGUAUUCUUAGUAUCAUUAUCCUUCUGGAACUGGUACCCACUGUCUGUAUACGUGGCCUGCAUGAAAAGUAAAUAUAACAGCACAAUACCAAGAAUAUUAUUUAUGUAAAAUUCUUUCUUCCUGAUGCCUGUGAGGAUCAGGAUUAGCAUUGCACAUGUAGUUGAGAUUCAUGCCCAAAUUAAACUGUAAAAAGCAGAUUUUUCGAUGACACUCGACCAUAUCAUACUCUUGUCUGCAAAGAUCAUGCCUACCAAUUUAUUGUGGCUUGGUAAAGACUGCUGAAUGAAGGCGAGGUAGGUGACAUGCUUACUUUCUUGGACCGUUUGACAAUAACAAGGGCCCCAUUUUUUCAGCAUGGUUUCCUUCUGGUUCUUUUGAUGGUAGCAGUGGACAAGUGAACACCCUUCUCGCUGUAGAACAGCUUCAGCAGACCUAAACUUCAAAAUGCAUUCACAAUUUUGUGGAUUAAAAAAUCUCCAUUAUGAUAAUAACUUGUUCCUUCUUUUAAACUUCUCCAUUUCUUAACAAAAUAUAUUAUAAUGAAUAUUAUAAACACGUUGAAAAAUAUGAGUAAAGUGAGAUUUCUAAUUUUAAACCUCAGUAUAUGCAAACCAUUUGCUAGCCUGCAAGCUAGCUCUUCAUUUGCAUGAUAUCGUGAAAAGUAGAUGUGUGAGAGAAAACGCAAGGGGGGAUGGUUGGCAGGGGAUAGAAAGGAGCGCUUGCAACAGUCACUCAAAUUUUAAUUUCCACCCCACAAACUGCCAACCACCUGUCAAGUUUAGGCAGCUGAGAGUGUGGAGUAUGACGCGCCAUAGGGGACAAAAAUACUUGUGUGAAUUUAUGUACAACUUGUGUGAAUUUAUACGCAACUUAUCUUUGUCAAAGAUAACUUCCUACAAUACAUUACAACUUUGCUCUUGGGUCUACGACUUUCAGCUUCAUUUACUUGACUUCUAACAAAACAUGUACACCUUGUUUGUCAAACAAACCACUUAUUGAUCUAUUGACACAACUUUUAACUUGUAGACAUCAAGGUUGUUUUGCAAUUUACGACGUGUUGUUUACAUGUUUGACUUACUGCAGUUUUACGAAAUACACGACUUGGCAUUGUUUGAGCAAGGCUGCUGCCUAAGAAAAAUUUUAGGGAGCCCUUCGGGCUCCUAAAGUUUAAAGUUAGGAGCCCGAGCCACAUUGUUAGGAGCCCAGUUUGAAAUCCAUGUAUUGUUUUUCCAAGAUCAUUACAUAGGUUAUAGAGGUUCUUGCACACUUUAAUAAGAAUUCGCCGGGCCUAAUAAAUAACACGUAAACAAGAAUUAACCGAAUUAUUUACUUUCAUUUAUUAAUUUAUUCAAUUAACUUCCACAUCUGUUGUGUUCAAUGUGACCUAGAAGAGCCUUCAAAGAAUUUUCUAAAAUGUAACAAUUAAACUGCUUCUUACCUUUCUUAUACACAUUCAUGAGCCGGAAAAAUAUUUGAGGGGCUUAAUUUGUGUAAAAGGAAUUUUCACAAUUUUCACAAUAAAAGAAUAACAUAACAGUAGGUAAUUUCAACUCAGAAUUAUUUACUUGACUUUCACAUUUGUUCAGUAACAGUUGUGUUCCACAUGACAACUUAACUAGUCUUCCAAAAACUUUCUAAAGUAGACCAAUCCUCUCCUUGCCUUUUUUAUACAUGAACAGGAAAAACAGAACAGAACAUCAAGUGCCUUAUGUAAACCUUAGCCUGGAUGGAUCUCAUUAAAUGAAGUGCUAAACAUUUGAGGAAUCAUUUAAAUUGAAUAACAUUUUCCUAUCUGAUUCUGUGCUAUAAAAGAAUUUUAUGUCAAUGUAACUACAUUGUAAAUUCAAAAGAUCAUUUUUUAAGUCUUAUAAGUUCUCCAAAACAGCUCGGAGUUGUCCAAAACAGCUCCAUUUUAGAAGAGCUUAAUUAGCCCCUCAAAUAGUACUGUAUUUUACUCAAGGAAAAACUCCCAAUUUUGGGUCCAAAACAGAUCCUUUGAAUUCACAGUGUAGUUUACAAUUAAAUCACAGCAUUGAGCAAUGUUCAUCAGUCUUUUGGUUUUGUCCCCUUAAGAGAACUCCAGGUUCUAGCCUCUGGAUGUUUGUCCACCCAGUUCUCUCGUCGGGCUCUGACACUGUUUUUCGCCAAUGCUUGACUGCAUUGGCAAGGUGCCCAGAUUGAGCGAAGGCCUUGACUCUCUCUGAUUUGUUCAGGCUGUGGUACUUAACUGAGAUACGCAAGUUGUUGUCCAGUGUCCUAGUUGCAAGACUUGAACGCUGAAUAGUUUUAGUGCGGUUCAUGGAGCUGAAACCUCGCUCACAAGCUGCGGUGGACAAAGGCCAGGUGAACACAAUCUCGGCAAUCAAAAGGAAGUUAGGAAAUUCUUCUUGUUUAGAAAACAACACAGAGUAAAUGUCAGGUGUUGUCUUGUGCUUCAUUAGACUCACAAGGCUCUUAACUCCCUGCCACUCACUACUGACAGACUCAGCUUUAAAACCAGCUUUUUGCAACUGCUCUUGGUACCUGUUAGCGAUUACACAGAGCUGAUCACAACCAUAAGACGCUAACUCUUCAGGAUCUGUAGGCCACGUGUCUGGAUCUAAAACUGAAGAAGCCUUUACAACUGGGUCGUUAAAGAGGUAAUGGAAUCGCUCUCCCCAUGCUCUGUCCAAUUUCAUCCAAAACAGACUUUCUGAUCUUCUCAAAUUGUUCAAUAUCAUUGUCUUCCCUUUUGAUCUCAAUUUCUCUGAACACACUGCCAUCCCCUGCUUCUUUCAAAAACGCCUCAAGUCUUGGACCAUUUAACGACUUCAUAUUAAGACACUGUAAUUCAAAUUUUCGAACUGCUGCCGCUGCGGUUGUAACUGUAAGAAACUCAGCUUGAAAAACCUUACUUAAAUGAGCUGCUUCCUCCGCAAUGUCCCACAGAAAACUGGUAAAGAGCAACCCUCUGAAUGAGGUUAAGAACUUGACCGAAAAUGAUGCUCGCCCCUGUCUACCACUUGAUCCUACACGCAUCUCUCUUGUGUUCUGGCAAUGCAUCAUGAGAGUUUUAUAUCCCGAAACAGUACCUGGAGUGCGGUUUGAAGAUGUGGCAACCAUCUAGCUCCAAACACAUUAGUAGGCUUAGAGAUCUGGUUAUCUAGUGCUUCAGCUAACUCUCUUAAUUCCCUGAGGGCCUUGGCGCUGUAGUGAUAUUCCUGGUAUAAACUGCGAAGGACAUCACGUGCUUUCACAAAAUCUGGGUAUUUUUCUAGGCACUUGACAACUGCCAAUUCAAGCUUGUGUGCUCCGCACCAGAAUCCCAUAAAUUCUCUAUUUUCUUGCCUCAAUAAACCAACCACUCCGUUCUUCUCACCUGUCAUUGCCGCACAGCCAUCAGUUCCCAGGCCUGUAAUUUUCUCCUUCCAGGUGACUGAAUUCAUGUUGGUUACUCUUUGGAAACAGGAAUCAACCGCAUCUAAAUAACCUCUUCCAGUUCCAGCCUUAGGUUCUUGAUUCCAAGAUAUGCAGUGACCGGUCUUCCAACUGACUUUUCCAAGUAGCGCACAUACAUAAUGGCUUCCUCAAUGACACCAUGAUCUGUACUUCCAUCAAUCAUUAGGGAGAAAAAGUUACAUUCCUUCAAUUUGUCUGCGAGAUCCUCCUUCAUAACAGAGCUUAUGUGCUCAAUGAAUUCAGUACAUGCAGAUCGUGUUAAGUAAGUUUCACCCAGCUCCACCCCAUUUAACUUUUGAAGCGCACAGAGACUUUCAUAGUCAUCUAAUGGCGUUCUAAUGCUGAAAUGUAGAAGGCUGUUUUAAAUUUCUUCUCCAUUUUUUUCGUCUUCUUUUUUCGUAUAACUGCUUACAGCACUUGUACAUUUCAGUUUUUUUUCGGAUCAUUUAUGGCUUUGUCCGCAGCAAUACAUUUUUAUGGUUCUGGCUUGUUUCAUGUUUUUUAAUGUUUCGUUUUUGAAGUUGCUUGACCCACUUCUCUUAGCUAUUUCACUGUCCUUUGAUGCUAAAGAAGGGUGCUUCGAGCAAACACCACAGUACAUUGAUUUCACUGCUGUUCCAACAGGUUGUGAAUUUGGGUAGGGUGUGUUAGUAAUGAAUGGCUGCAUUGUGCCUUUUCUUACAAGGUUUUACGCAACCAAGAAUGGGCUUGAAGCCACUUCCACUGAAAUGACCUUGUCCGUUUUUGUUCAUAUUCCUUACGUUUGUCCAUAGCAUUAGCGUGAUUUUCCCUUGUCCUAUCCGAUUCAUCCUUUCCAUCUUCUUCUAUCUUCCUAUUCACCUCAAUCUUCCUUUUAUCAUCCAUCGUCAUUGCACUCUUUACCUUUCUUUCACCCUCCAUGUUCUUUUCUGCAGCCAUUUUUCUUGCAUCCAUCUUCCCCUGAUCAUCCUUCAUUUUCCUCUCAUCCUCCAUUUUUCUCUCAUCUUCCAUAUCUGUUUCGUCCUGCAUCUUAAAUUCAUCUGUCAUCUUCGUUUCAUCCUGCAUCUUCAAUUCCUUUUCCAUCUUCAUGUCAUCCUGAAUCUUUAAUUCUUCCUCCACCAGCAUUUUUUCCUUCAUCUUUAUUUUGUCCUCUGUCUUCUUUUCUGUCUUCCCAUCAUCCCCCAUUUUCAUUCUUUUAUUGUUUAUGCCUGCUUCAUUUCUCUUUUUCUUUUUACAUUCUGUUGGAAACCAAAAGUCUUCCAAACUAAACGACCUUUUCGGGGGGGAUGCUUUUUUAGUGGACUGGUCAGCAACUUUGCGGUAGUCUUUAGCAGUUUUGACUGCAUGAUCGGCAUAUUCCUUUUUAAAAAGGGGGACAAAGUGGUUAGGAACAUAAAUAGCAUUUGGGCGGCUGUCUAAUCCACCAUCCCUUGACCACAGAAUAUGAAAGCAAUCAUUAUUGGAAAACACGUCUGGCCUGUUAAUACGUGGUUUCACUAAGCCAUGUAAGAGGGGGCGAAUAGCUUCUGCACAACUUGGAUAGAUUGUAAAGACAGGCCUGGAAAUCACUGUGGAAAGUGCCAUGAUGUGCAUCAGCGACGACCAUUCACCUAGCUGACAUCCCCCAAUUGCCUCACUCUGGAUAGCAGACUCACGGUUGCCACUGUGCUCCCACUCUGCUAUUCCAUUUUCUUUUUCAGUCGAGCGUGAAAACGGUGACUUCUCCAAAGGGACACCCACAUUGAAGAGCUUCCGGAAUCGCGGAUGGUUUCCAUAGUAGGCAGUAUUUUCAAACAGCUCAAUGGCUGUCAGAAUACGAAGACAAGUAGAGUAUUCUGUUGUACCCACAAGGGCCAGAGAAAUGGCGUGGUACAGGCAAUUUCCAUCCCCAGCGACUUCAUGAGCAAUAAGGCCAGUUGGUGCAUCACACGGAAUAAGGGACUGUGCCAGUUGGUCUUGUUUUAGCUUAUCAGAUCUCGGGAAGGACUGGUUAAGGUUUAAUUUUCGCGAAUAUUUGUCCCUUAACUUGCAACACAAAUCUUGGUUAUUGCUAAUCAGGGCUUCUUUCAAAGUUUUUAAGUCAGCAACCUGAAAUAUAAAGAAAACCGGCCCACUCUGUGAACUGUUCAAAACUUGUUAUAUUUUAUUGAGGACCUUGGCCUCAAUGAGGCUAGACCAGUUAUACACAGUGUAGCGUUACUAUAAAGAUAUCAAGUGGCAUUUCAUUUUAAAAUAUCUUAUAUCUGUCACUAAAGGAAUAAAGAUUCCGCCGGCCAAACCCGAAAGAUUUUGUAUUUGUAAGCGAAUAAAAAUAUAGCCCAAUUACAAGUCAGUAUCAGAAGAAAACAAUUGAUAACCGAAGUACCGUAUUUAUUCACUUAUAAGACGCACCUUUGUUUACGAAAAUUUGUGCUUGCUCGAUAAAAAAAUUUUCUCAAAAACUCGGGUGCGUCUUAUAACCAAUAUUUUCCAUAACAAAAUUUAACUUUGCCAAAUUUCCUUAUAAUUAAUGUUCAACUAAGAUGAGAAUGAAUAAACAAGACAUUCAUCGUUGCAUGGUCAUCUUGAAGGUAAAUUCCUGGUUUGGUUAUGGAAAAAAGAGAUUCUCCAUCUGAGCCGUCAGAACUGGUUACCUAGCACGUGAUCAAAAUCUGCCCGAUCAAAUUUCCUUCCACGACAAAAAUAGCCGUGUCACGAAAAUGAUAUUUGUUACAUUUCAAGCGCUACUGUCUUAAACUUUCUGCACUUUUCUGUGAGCAUGUUCCAGAACCAAACUCAACAUCAGUGUAUCAAGCUGUAGAAACUGUACGCGAAAAGAAGCCGUUUUAUUAUAAGUGAAAUAUCAAGCUUACAGUAUCUUUGAUCUCAAAACAAACGCGGUUCAAAUUUCAUUAGUCAAAGAAAAUUUGCAUGAAUUUGCGAGGCAAUCACAGACAGCUACCUAGCUGAUCUGCUAUUUCGUUUAGAAGGUCAAGAAUGUCAAGUUGUCACUACGGAUUAAAUAAAAACCGCAUUGAAUAUAGGUCAAAUGAAGGCACAGCAUCUUGGUUGUGUUUUAAAAGCGGGAAAUAUAUUUUAUUGUUUUGAAAGAGACAGUUUCCAAAUCGUUAUCUAUAUUAAUAUAAAUGUUCACAUACGGAGUCGUAAGAAAUAAACAUUGCUUACCUGUUGCGAGAAUUCCAUUGUAGUCACUGGGCUUAAGACAAAUUGCUGAAACCUUUGUCGAUUUUAGCGAGAAAAGAAGAACCUUUGCCGAUUUUAGCGGAAAAGCAGAACCUUUGCCGAUUUUAGCGGGAAAGGGCGCUAGCUGCGUGCAGCAAGGCAGAAAUACAACCAACACAAAGUUGAUCAUUACUUUAAUUUCUUUAUUCAAGGUAAAGACAUCACAUUACAAAUAUGAAAUAUCAUACUGCGUUCUCUGGCGUGUUGUUUUUUAAAGUCUCUUGAAAAUGCUGAUACGUUGCAAACUGGUACAUGAAAUCGAACAUCAAGCACGUCCAGUCGAUAGCACGCAAGAUAGCUUCCCAUUCUCGCCACAAAAAAGUUAUCAAAUCAACGAAAACCCAAGCAAACGAUGAACUGCACGAAUGUCAACAUAGGCAACAAACAGCCCAUAAUUUUGCUAUUCCAUAUUUGGAAGUCAAAUCUCAGACCCAGUCUUCAACUGCCAUCCGGACUCGGAAACGAUGGCUUCGUUCGUUUCGACAAAGCUUCACAGUUGAACACGUUAGGUUUACAUAAUUUACGGUUUAUUUGUGGAAAUUUUAUACUGCCUAAUCGCAUCAUCGCUAACCAUAUCAACAGUUCCACUGUUUAAAGUCCUACUCCAGCUAAAGGAAUAUAAUGUACAAGGAGGUUAAGUCUAAUGCCGUGUGUUAAGUCAGGCGCCCGCGCGGGCUCCUUGUACCGAAAUUUGGUCGCCCAUGCUCUUACCUUGGGCGCCUCUGGCGACCGGGCGCCCGUUAGGCAGCAGCCUUGUUGAGUACAACUUUCUUUAUGACAUACAGAACUUCUUCCACAUUUUCGUCCUACUUGUUAUCUAUUUCAAUUAAUCGUCAUGAUCAGUUGGUUCGAAAGGGGUCUGUUUUGCAUGAGAGGAUGUGUGAAUUUCCAGGCGUGACAGUGGAAACCAAGAAUACAAUAUGUUAUGCCUCUAACAAAAACAAAAUUAAUGUAACUUCAACAUUCCCCAAAAAGUUGAUCAGGCAUCUCUGUUUUAAAAUUUGGGCAACAAACUCUGCCUUGUUUCAAGGAAAAAUAAUGCCAUGGUCUCCUUUCCCGCUAAUCCUGGAUUGCAUACUGCAUAGUCCAAUGAUGCAUGACACCUGCAGCCUUUUUCGCCUGUCAAAACACGGGAAAAUUCCCCGCAGACGUCCUUGCCCCAGUGCAUCAGUAAAGUUUAUUGGCCCUUAUUUGUAAAUGUACAUUAUUAUUACAUAAUAUUUUAUACUCACAUUGGCGCUGGUAAACCAUCUAAUUUAUCCUUGAAUACAGCCUCAACGGCACUGGGAAGUUUCCUCUCUGACCAAUCGCUACAGAACUCCACAGCAGAUGCAGCAUAACCUUCAAUGUGAAGGCUUUCCCUCAGCUUUCCACAAGGAAUUUUCUUAAUUCUCGGGCUAGGUAGUAGCAUAACAUCUUUCAGGAAAAAGCCAGAGUCUCUGCAAGAAGUCGAAUCAUGUUGUCGUUUCUUUGAUUUUGCAGGCCGUGACGUGCUUGCAGCAGUGGUUCGAGUGAAUGUUCCGGGAAAAAGCCUGGCCACUGCCUCUGUUACCACCGAGGAAGAACUUGGGUUUAUUUGCGACGUUAAGUUGCUCAUGUCAGGAACCUGGGCUUCCUCAAGGGAAUUCGAUGUG